UGGCGGCUAAUCUUGACCUGGCAGCAGCAAGCAAAUAGCAAACAUUGAUGCCCGGUGGUGGUUUUUAUAGUUAAACUGUGUCUGAAGACUUGAAGAGAAAAAGCAAGACGUGACUUUUCGUCAACACGAUUGAACCUCAUGCAACAAAUCUGAGAAGGUUCUACAGGAAAUGGGGGCGUUUAGGAAGAAAUGUUUGUGUUAUAUAAUAAGUUACGACAACGAUGGUGUGAAAAUAAGAUGGAAAAAGGGAUUCACAAUAGCAGGAACCAUCGUUUUCACGUUGGAAAUCUUGGUAACACGAUCAAGCUCCUCGAACUGUUGUGCCCCAUUUUCGCUGUUCCCACAAAGAUUUGCUUGGACUGUUUAACGACAAGUCGGACGCUGCCGUAAGUGCCAACGUGUUGCAUCCUUUGUCAAGGUGCCCGUUUAGUGUAUACUUGAUGGCGUUUCAAAGCAAACUUUUCACGGGAUGUAAUUGUAGUUAACGCUAGUAAGAGUCGUUUUGAGGACGAAUGAGAGUGAACGAUGCAGAGAAGCUGAAUUGGAAAAUGUAUUGUCUCUAAAUUCUAAGAAUUAAGUGAAUUUUAAAUAUUCGUAAUGUUGGCUAUGGCUCAAGUUUAACGCUAUCGAGACUCAUGGACAUUUUCAUAUUUCAGCCCGUCAAUUCACCGGUUUUCAAUCGUUACAAGACGGGCACGCUGACGAGAAAUAGAUUUUACUGUAAAGAUAGCCGUUUAUCGCCGCAGGGAAUGCGACAUUGGACCUCCCGACACCAGCCCCACUCCGACACCAGCCCCCUGUCCGCAUGCCCCAGGAAAGUAUAUACUACCAGUUCUGAAAAGAUGGCAGAUGCUGAACAACCGGAACCAGCGGAGGAUUUUCUAUUUAAGGGGAAAAGAUUGGAUUGCAAAAAAAAGAUUUUCGGUGAAGGUUUUUUCUUGUUUGACGGAUAUUGGAAGGAAAAUGAAAAUGCAGGGGCUGAAAAGGAACGCGUGAAAUCAAAGACUUCUAAUCUAAAAAAAGAAGCUGCGAUAAGAAGAAUAAAAAAUGAAGACUGCCUUGAUGGGUGGAAAGAUGUGGCCGAUAAGCUCGUCAAGGACAACCUGAAUAAUACAACCCACAAUAAUAUCCUACGAGUCUUUUGUUACGAGGAGGACGUUGCCAACGAAUGGAGGUAUUUUGCCCUAGAACCGUACAGUGCUACGUUAUAUGAAUAUUGCACUGGCCGGUACAAGGGAGCGAUGCCAAAUCAAUCGCAAGUUCUUUAUCAAAUCGUUAAUGGCAUCUGUUACCUACAUGAAAACGGAAUUAUCCACGGAGAUUUAAAUCCAUUGAAUGUCGUCGUUGUCGCUCAUUCUCAACCUGUGCGCAUGAAAAUUUCAGAUUCCGGAUUAACCAAAUUUAGUUCCAGUAAACAGCUACCGGAGCUGAUAAAGAGAAGUGAAGAAAGAAUGAGGACUGGUGACGGAACAUCUUUGAAGAGCCUGGAACUCUGUCAAAGUAAAUACUGGACACUUUCGGGACAGAAAGACGUCAUGGAAAAACACGUCAAUGACGAUUUUGUUGCUGCUGGAUGUCUACUGUUUUAUUAUUUGAAGAGCGCCAAACAUGUUUUUGGUGAUGACUUGGAAUCUAUCUUGAAAAACCUCAAGGAAAAGAAUCCAGUCAAUUUAAAAAAAUUGAGUAAUAAUCAUGUUGCAUACGAUCCCAUCCAAAGAAUGAUUAUUCCUGCAUCAAAUGGACUCAAUCCGUUGCCCACAAACAAAAAGAAAUUCGAAGAAGCACUUUCACUACAAGUCACUAACAAACUGCUUGGUCAAGGGUUUUUUGGAGAUGUUUUUGAAGGGAAAUUUAACGGCGAUCUUGUGGCGGUCAAAGAAAUGACGAAGACAACAUCUCUAAAACAAACUAUUCAAAGAGAAAUGAGUACACACAAAGAGUUAAAUCACGUCAACGUAGUUCAACUCUUGGACGUCGCUGAUUCUGCCGACAAUAGAUUCACGCAUCUGGUUUUGGAAUUGUGUACCGGGACAUUGACGGAUUAUUGCGAAAAGAAAUACAACGGACCGAAAUUGCCACCAGACGAAUUGGUCCUUUAUCAAAUCGCCAAUGGAUUGCAUUACAUCCACUCGAGAAAUUUGGUGCAUCGCGAUAUUAAACCGGAUAACAUCCUCAUUUCAAUGACGUCGCCCGUUCAAAUGAAAGUCUCUGAUUUAUCGUUUGUUAAGAAAACACACCUAGAUAUUUUUUCGCAGAGCGAAAUUAGAGGAACUCUUCAGUGGAUGGCACCUGAGAGACUUAAGGUUUUAAUUGACACUGAAAACAUGCCUGCUGAUCUGCCAGAUGGAACAAUCAAAAGUGACACGUUUUCAUCCGGAUGUGUUUUUUUCUAUUUCCUGACGCGUGGCACACAUCCAUUUGGGAAGAAUAAAGUCUCUGUCCCUGCCAAUAUUUUGCUAAACAAACCGGAGGAACUCGACAAUUACAAUAAACAUUUGGCGGAAGACGACGUAAACGGAAGAAUCCUUGCUCAUUUGAUUGAGGAUAUGAUUCAAUUUGAAGAAAAAGAAAGAAUCGGAUUGCCUGAGGUCAUAAAACAACUAGCCGCUGUAUUGGACGGGAUGGACAAAAGCAAAUGUCAAUUGAGGCUCGUUGAAGCGUCGUUAGGUGGGAAGUACAUAAUCCGUUCCCAUCCCACCGAACUGAUUCUUGCAUGUGCCAAUAGAAAAGAGUUAAUAUUUUACACUGCCGAAAAUUUUGCUAUUCCGUUUUCCAAUUGGAGAAAGAAGAAAGAAGUCACAUUUCAACAUCUAAACUUAAGGAGUGUUGAAUCGCUUGAGUGGAAUAUUAACGGGACACAACUAGCUGCUGGAUUCGAAGGCGGUACUGUCGUCGUAUGGAGUUACCCAGAGUGCAAAAUCCUCUUUCAAAAGAAACUUCCGAAUUUUAUCAAAGAAAUAAAUUGGAAUCCAACCAGGCCCAACUUAUUUGCUGUUUGUGAUGAGUUCUUGCCAUCCUUAUAUGAGCUAACCAUCCAGGGCGAUUGUCAAGUUUUCGUAUGUGAUUCAUCCAUUGGCGACGUGAUCACCACAAUUGACUGUAAACGCGUUUCGGCUGUGAAGUGGAUCUCUGAAAAUCGAAUCGCCGUCUCUUCUUCUGGUGGAAAGAUCGAAAUUUUUGAAAUGGAGGAAAACAAUUUGACAACAACUCGACUCGUGAAAGAAUUCAAACAUGGAAAAGGUUGUUAUAAUCUGGAAUGGAAUGAAAGGACCCAAUAUUUGGCCAGUGGUGGUGAUUACCAAAUCAAUAUUUGGUCUAUGGACCACGACUGGCCAAUUUAUAGGCUGAGGUGUCCUCUGGAUGACGGCGGGAAAAAAAUUGCUUGGCGCUUGUGCACAGGAAAUGGGGAAGAAGAGGGCGGAAUCGAAAUGGCAAGGAAAUCAGCCAAAAACUUCACUUUUGCUUAUUACGGGUUCUUCUCAUUUAGUACAUCGCCCAGACAAGGUGUUUCUAUUUGGAAUCCUCUGGAAAGAGAACAACAACCGCGACGUCUUUCCGAAGACACAAGAAUAGAAACGGUCGACUUUUCAUCGGACGGUCGAUUUCUUGUAGCCCGAGGCAAUGAGAAUUUAAUGAUUUGGUCAACGGAGGACUGGGUACAAAUAUACGUCAACACGAAAAAGACAUAUAGACCAAAGAAGAAUAUAUCAUUUUUUACCACAAAAUCUACAAACCUUUACGAGAAUAAAUUAACAGUCAAUUAUGAGUAUGGGGACUGUAGCUUAUUUGAAUUCGCGUUCGAAGAAAGUAACAUUUCUGAAUUGGCCAGUUAAUUAUCAACAGAAUACGAUGACAAGGACGAGGAUGAUGACGUGGGCGCCGAUAGGGAAGACGUUAGUCCUCCAAAACGCCUAGAGGGGUCAUUCCUCUAAAUGGAAACUAGUGAAAAACAGGAUGUCCUGCAAAAGACAAGCAUUUAAUAUUUUCGAAAUAAAUCAAUGAUAUUUUUAUCCAAAUGUACUGGGGCCCUUCAAACUACGUGUUGGAUUUUUGCAUUCUGAUUGUUUUCACUGCAUCGUGCGUCUAGAUU